AUGACCGAUAUUCUUGUUGUAAACAACCAAAUGUUAAAACCGAAUUAUCCUGAUGAACAAGAAUGGGAAAUUAUUAUGGACCUGUUAGCUCUUCUUGAACCUAUGUAUCAUGCAACCAUAAUGCUGUCUUCGCCAACACUUCCAACCCAAGGUGACUUGCGCUUGAUAUUCCGUGGUCUUAUUAUACAUUUAAAUAAUAAUGAAAACCCAGUGAUCAAUACACAACAUGCUGUAGCUAAUGCAAUGAAAGUAAAAUUUAUAUUAUAUUGGGCUUACCUAAAUGAAUUGUCAGCAAUUUCAGGCCUUCUUGACCCCCAUAAUAAACUUUCUACCUAUAAUAUUACUGAACGUGAACAAACUAUUAAUAAACUCUAUGAAGUGUACCAAAUAUACAAACCACCUGAAGAAAAAAAACCAUUACCACCUAUCACUGCUACUAAAUCAACACGAAGGUUUUUUCGAAAUUUCACAAAGUGCCAUCAAUCUAACCUAAAUUGGUGUAAAAUUGAGAAAUACUUCUCUGAGCCAGAGACUAAAGCAGAUCCACUUCUUUGGUGGAAAGCAAACUCAAAUCAAUUCCCAGUACUUGCACACAUUGCGAUGGACUUUCUUGCAGUUCAGUCUACAAGCGUACCAAGUGAGCAAGCCUUCUUUAUCGCAAGGAACACAAUCAGUCUUACCCAAAAUCGAAUAAAUCCUGAAGUCGCACACGCAUCCUUAUGCUUGAAAAACUGGUUCACGGAAUUAGGUGAUAU